UGGUAUAAUGCGUACACGUGGUUUUGUUGCAGGUGAAUGGUGCCGCCUGUGCAGGAACAACGGCGAGACCUUUGAGGUGCUCUCUAGCCACACCCUCCACGCGGACGUGGUUGGCACAAGGCUGACGACUUGCCCCGUCCUUCAGCAGCUCAUGUGCGACAUCUGUGGUGCGACGGGAGUUCUGGCACAAACGAGGAGCCAUUGCCCCGAGGGUCGGGCAGCCUCCGUCAUGCUGCAGUUAAAGAAGACCGAACGGAGGAGCGGCCGGAUUGUGUGA